AUUAGCACUGAGAAAGAUAGUGUAGUAUUAAAAUAAAAAGCCGGCGUUUUUUUUAUUAGCCAUACAUUUAUUGUGUGUUUUGUUGUUUUAUAUUUUAUUUUUUGGUGGACUAUUGUCUCUCUCCCCUCCUGGAUCACUUCCAUCAUCAUCAGUACAGACAAAACAAAACCAUCAUUURAUUGGAUACCAACAUCAAGAAGUCGAAGAAGAAGAAGAAGAAGAUGUCCGCCAAAUAUGUUUCAAACAAAACUAUCUUAUUCAUCACCGCCGCCGUCGCCGUCGUAUCAGUUGUCGUCAAAGCCGAAGAUGUCUUAGACUUAUCUGCAGGUGAUUUCAAGUCGGCCAUUGGCCAACACGAUACCGUAUUGGUCGAGUUUUUUGCACCUUGGUGCGGCCAUUGUAAGCGAUUGGCACCCGAAUACGAGUCGGCCGCAACCGCCCUCAAAAACAACGAUCCGCCCGUUCCUCUCGCAAAGGUCGACUGUACCAGCGAUGGCGGCAAAGAUAUCUGCUCUGAAUAUGGUGUUAGCGGUUAUCCGACGCUCAAGAUAUUCAAAGGCGGCGAGUUUGCCUCUGAAUACAACGGUCCGCGCGAAUCGGACGGCAUUGUCAAGUAUAUGCGAUCGCAAGUGGGACCCGCUUCCCGAUUGGUCGAUACACGCAAGAAACUGGAAGAUGCACUAAACAAAGCCAAAGAUGCCAUAGUAUUGGGUGUAUUCGAAAAGGACGACUCAUCCGCUGACUUGCAAAAGAAAUUCUUGAAAACUGCCGACAAAUUGCGUGAAUCCGUCAAUUUUGUCCACUUGUUUACCUCAUCCGUUGGCGACGCACUCGCAUUGAAACAGUUUGCCGAACUCAAGGAUCUGAAAGCACCCACUGUUCUGUUGGUUCGGCCGAAAGACAUGAAGAAUAAGUUUGAGCCGAAUGUUGUCGAAUACAGUGCCGCCGGCGACGACUCUAUCGAUGACUUUAUUAAAACCAAUUAUCACGGUUUGGUCGGAUUCAGGACACAAAACAAUAACAACGAUUUUAAGACACCAUUAGUGGUCGUCUAUUACGAUGUCGACUACGUUAAGAACCCGAAGGGUACCAACUAUUGGCGCAAUCGGGUACUGAAAGUCGCGCAAAACUAUCGGGACCUGUCGUUUGCCGUAUCCAAUCAUUUGCAAUUUGCCGGUGAACUCGAGGAGUUUGGUCUGGAAGCACCCAAAGACAGGGAUGCGGCUCCGGCUGUCGGCGCCCGCGAUUCAAAAGGCAAAAAGUAUGGACUAAAACAAAAGUUUUCGGUUGAAUCGUUGGAACAGUUUGUCAAAGAUUUGACUGACGGUAAACUGGAACCGUACCAGAAGUCGGAGGAAGUGCCCACCGAUAACGAUAGCGCUGAUGUUAAGGUUGCUGUCGGCAAAAAUUUCGAUGAUUUAGUGACCAAAUCAGAUCGGGAUACACUGAUUGAGUUUUACGCCCCGUGGUGUGGACAUUGCAAAAAGUUGGCGCCAGCUUUCGAUGAAUUAGGUAAACUAUUGAAGGACGAGCCGGGCGUACAAGUAGUGAAAAUGGACGCUACGGCCAAUGACGUUCCCGAAACGUUUGUCGUACACGGCUUUCCCACUAUCUAUUGGUAUCCGAAGGACAAGUCCGGGCCGAAGAAAUACGAAGGCGGACGAGAGGCUCAAGACUUUUUGCAAUAUAUUGCCAAACAAUCGACAAACGAAUUGGCCGGUUAUGACCGAAGCGGUAAUAAAAAGGAGACACAAAAAGAGGAACUGUAGGCGCGAAUGAUUGGAUCAAUCGAUUGAUUGAUUGAUUAAUUAAUUGAUUGAUAACUGAAUUAUUAUUUUUUAUUUAAUUAUUAUUUAAUAAUAUAUUUUCUGUAAUUUUUUUUUAAUUAAUUAAUUAAUUAUUAUUAUUAUUGAUAUUAUUUUUUUUCGUCGUCCAAACAUCAGAUGUGCAACAAAUAUAUGUUUUUUUAUUGAUAUAAUUAGUAAUAAUUAUUAUUAUUAUAU